CGACCCCGCGGAAUCCUAGCUUGUCUCUUCGUAUAUCCACUUCGGCCUCUUGGCCGAUAAUUUGGCCUCUCAUCUUGAUGUCACUUGAUUUUAUUAGACGGGAAUACAAGUUCUUACCUCCAGGAAAGACAGCUACCCCUGAUAGAUUUCUAUACAAUAUAUUCCCUCUUCUGAUAAACACCAACUAUAGAUGUGAGGCAUUAGGUAGGAUUCAAGAUGAGAUUAUUCCCCAACGCCUGGCAGUUCCUCUCGGGGACGAAGAAGGACUCAAAGUCAAAACCUCCUUGUCUCCUUUCGAUCAGAUCCUCAACUACCCUAAUAGUACUUACCGUGGGCUUGGCUAUCUUCACCGAUAUCUUCUAUUAUGCGUUGAUCGUUCCGGUCAUCCCCUUUUCGCUCACCGUUCAAGUUGGAAUCGCCGAGGAUCAAGUGCAACACUGGACAUCGAUUCUUCUAGCCUGCUAUAGUGUAGCCUUACUCAUCGGCAGUCCUAUUGCUGGACUGUAUGCCGAUCACACGUCGUCGCGACGAUGGCCUUUGCUGAUCGGACUAAUCGCACUUGCUGCGUCGACUCUGUUGCUAUGUUUUGGUAACUCGAUAGGCCUCCUGGUCUUGGGCCGAAUUCUCCAAGGGUUUAGUGCGUCUAUCGUCUGGAGUGUAGGAUGUGCGCUUCUUGUUGACACCAUGAAGAGCGCGGUAGGCGUUGCUAUGGGGUACGUCGGCGUAGCGAUGAGUGUCGGACUGCUUAUUGCUCCCGUGAUCGGCGGUUCGGUCUACGCUGCAGCAGGCUAUUAUGCUGUUUACUACAUCGCCUUUGGCGUCGUUGCAGUAGAUAUCUUACUACGACUACUGAUGAUCGAGAAGAAGGUUGCUAGACAAUGGAUAAAAGAGGAUGAGACACCUGGUCCUUCAGAAGAAAGGGCGAAUCAGGUCGACAUGGAGACGGGCAACUCACCCAUCACGCCGAGUCUCCAAGGUCGCGCGGAUUCCAUUGAAGCAAGCGGAGAACACAAUCUUGCAGAGCCGGGUCCAAGGGAUAAGAGCCAGCUUCAAGAUAAUAAUAAUGAAGAAAAACGGAUCGAAACUGCGGAUAUACCAAACCGAGAUUCGGUGGCCCCCCCGGAAACGAUUAGCAUAUGGUGUGCUUCUAAGAGCCUUUUGAAAUCCACGAGGCUAUUUGCCGCACUAUAUUGUCUCCUCGUCGAGUCCGGCAUCAUGAUGGGGUUCGAUGCCACAUUAGCUUUAUUCGUCCAGCGCACCUUUGGUUGGAAUUCUACAGCUGCCGGAAUUCUAUUUCUAGCAAUAUUUCUCCCAGGUUUCAUCUCCCCGUUGGUUGGUUGGCUCGCGGAUAAGUAUGGUGCUAGGUGGCCGUGUUUCUUUGGGUUCUGUGUUUUAAUACCCUUACUUGUGUGUCUCCGUUUCGUCACGCAGAAUAGCAUUCAGCAUAAGGUACUUCUUUGCUUCUUACUUGCCCUGCUAGGCAUCGCACUAGCAUUCGCAAAUGUUCCUCUCAUGGCCGAGAUCACCUACGUUAUCGAGGCGAAAGUCGCUGAGCAACCAGGAAUAUUUGGAGAUAAAGGUGUUUACGGACUCGGUUACGGGCUUUUUAACGUGGCGUUUUCUCUUGGAGGAGUUGUAGGGCCGUUAUGGGCCGGUUACGUUGUAGAGUCAGCAGGAUGGGGAACCCUGACUUGGAGCUUUGCUAUCUGGGCAGCAUCAGGGGCAAUAGUGGCUUAUUUCUGGCUUGGCGGGAAAGGCACAAAGGUAGAGAGGACAGACACAAGUCAACAGGAAGAGACUGCAAGUUAAUCACCUAUCAUCGAGAGUCCAGCAGCGUAGUUACGUCAAGCUUUCAACAUAAUAUCUUUACGAGUCACUGCUGCCAGCCAUGGCUAACCCCGAUGACUACACUAUCGGCUGGAU